UUCAUCGGAAUAUCCUGUAAUAUCUUUGUAAGGACAAAGUAAAUAUGAUACCUGUAUAGCACAUCGUUAUGAAUUCGUCAUGAAUUAAGUUAAUUUUCGGAAUGUGUUCAAGUCAUGUGACCAAUAUGGACGCAUCAGCUGAAGUCGGGAAACUUCAAAGUCAUUUAGCACUACUUCGAGAAGAAUAUGUGAAGUUACAGAAUCGUUAUGCUGAUUUAGAAAAGCGCCACCAGGUGGCAUUGGCAGCAUCUGGGACAGUUGAAUCGGAAAAUUUUGUUUCUCGAUUACUACAAACAGUGGCCGAUUUGUUUGAUAAAGAUUUAUACAGUGACCUAAGUGUGCAGAUAGAUGGCCAGUACAUUAAGGCUCAUAGGUUUGUUCUGGCAGCCAGAAGUGACUUCUGGGGUGUGGCUGACCUGGCAACAACUUCACAACUAGACUUUACAGACAUCCCAUAUGAUGUAGGCCAUGCAUUACUGAAGUGGGUCUACACAGAUACUAUUGAUAUUAAAUCUGAUGACAAGUUCCUUCUUGCAUUACUGAAGACUGCCAGUAAAUUCAAACUUGGAGAGCUAAGAGAAAGAUGUGAGAAGGCAUUGAUCUCAUCAGUGAAUGUGAAGAACUGUAUCCAAUAUUACCAAACGGCAGAAGAAAUAGGAGCUGAGACUUUAAAGAAACAUUGUUCAGAGCUAAUCUCCAACCAUUGGAGUGAUUUCAAUGCUACUGACUUCGUUUCAAUGCCAGCCCCAUUGCUGUAUUCCAUGUUUAAGGCUAAAUCCAGUUAUCCCCUACAUACCACCAUAAGAGCACACAGAGAGGACGUCUUGUUUCUAUACUUGAUAGAGUUUGACUCACAGUUGCCUGGUAAACUGAAUGAGAUUGAUGAUAAAGGAGAUCUCCCAUUAGACCUUGCUCUGGUAGAUCAACUCGAAAGCAUAGCUGACACUCUAGUGAGGCAUAGAGUGAAUACCAGUGCAGUGGAUAGAGAGGGAAAUGCUCUCAUACACAAGGCUAUAACACGAGGAGAUGAAAGUUCCGCAACAUUCCUGAUAAAGAAUGGUGCUGAUGUUAAUGCUGCCACCCAGAUGGCGCUUCAGACAGCCCUGCAUCUUUGUGCGGCAUUUGACCCAGAGAUAGCGUCCACAGAGGUCAUUAGAGGAAUGGCUAAUGUUACAAAAAUGCUGUUAGAAAAUUCUGUUGAUUUGAACAAACAGGAUAAAGAUGGAAACACACCCAUACACCAAGCCGUGCAGUCAAAGAACAAAGAAGUAUUUGAGACUUUACUGAACCAUGCAUCAUUAAACCUUGAGCUACAAAACCAAGAAAGCCAAACAGUAUUAUGGUUAGCCUUACAGGCAGAAGGACAGCAGACAAACUAUGGUCCAGACUGCUUGGCUGCCAAACUUGUAAAGAGGGGAAGUUCAACAAAUGCAGUCAACAUAAGUACAGGUGAUGCAUUGCUUCACAGAGCUGCAAGAUCUGGAAAUGAGGCUGCCGGUAUCUUCCUAGCAACACAUGGUGCUGAUGUAACACAUGCCAAUAACAAGGGUGAGACUCCACUUCAUGUUGCCAGUGAGAAAGGCCUCACUAACCUAGUAGAGAUACUCCUCAGUAAAGGUGCUAACCCAAAUGCCCAGACUAGGUCAAAUAUAGGUGGCACUCCUACAGAUUUUCCCGGUGAUCAAGAAGAUGGCAUUGUUGCUAAGCAGACUCCUUUACAUGUUGCCAUAGCGAAUCGUCAUGAGCCGGUUGUCAAAGUAUUCCUUGACUACAAAGCUAAGGCGACUUCCACAGGAGACAAUAUGGCCAUUAUUCCAAACUUUAAUCUAAAGGACUCAAAUGAUCAAACAGUACUUGGUCUUGCUCUCUGGAAUGGCUAUUUGAACAUCGCAGAGACAUUAUUGAAUGGAGGUUCUAAUAUCAAUGAUGUGAAUGCAGAGGGCAUGACGUUACUUCACCAGGCUAUUGUAAAACAAGAUACGCCCAGUGCAUUGUUUUUGUUACAGCACUCUGCUGAUAUGAAUGUUAGGACAUCAGACAAUGAGACUCCACUUCAACUUGCCAUAAAACGCCACCUGCCUGUUGUCGUAGACAUACUUUGCCAACGAGGUGCCAACAUGAAUGUAACAUAUGAUGAUGGAGACUGUCCAUUGUGGCAAGCACUUGAAACGGGACAGGAAGAUGUUGCAUCAACUCUGGUGAGACAUGGCUGUGAUACCAACAUGUGGGGAACUGGACCUGAGGGUUGUCUACAGACUUUGCUACAUAGAGCUAUAGACAACAGUAAUGAAUCUGUUGGUUGCUUCUUAAUCAGAAGUGGUUGUGAUGUGAACAGUGCCAGGAAGCCAGGUAUAGGAGGUGAAGGGGGAGAGGAGGCAAGAGAUGGUCAGAGCCCUCUACAUCUUUGCUCUCAGUGGGGCCUAGAACAAUUAGUACAGACACUGGUGGAGUUCAACGCCAAUGUUAAUGCCCAGGAUGCAGAAGGUAAAACACCACUCCACGUUGCAAUCAUCAACCAGCAUCCAGUGUUGAUCUCUCUUCUUAUGUCACAUCCUGCCAUUGAUCUUGCCGUUCGUGAUAAACAGGGUCUCACACCAUUCGCUGCCGCCAUGUUGAAUAAAAAUAAUCGGGCAGCGGAGGCCAUCUUGGCCAGAAAGCCAGAUGCAGCAGAGCAAAUGGACAACAAAGGCAGAAACUUCCUGCACACUGCAAUCUUAAACUCUGACAUUGAAAGUGUUCUAUUCCUAAUUGGAAUCCAAGCUAAUGUUAACUCUAAAGUGAUGGACUCGCAACAAUUGAGUCCACUACAUUUAGCUGUCCAAGUGGGCUCAGAAAUGAUUGUCAGAAAUCUGCUUUUAGCUGGUGCAAUGAUAAAUGAUGUAACACCCCAGAGCCAAACAACCUUGCAUCUAGCAGCCAUACAUGAUAGACCAGUUAUAGCUAGUAUUCUAAUAGAGAACAACAUCAAUUACGAUGCUGUUGAUAGCAAUGCAAACACAGCACUACAUUUAGCCUGUUACCAUGGUCACGUGGGUGUUGUUAAGUCAUUACUUACUGAAUCAAGAAUAAAUGCUGAAGCUGUCAAUGCAAAGGGCAUGACAGCUAUGCACAACCUAGGGCAAUAUGGUAAAGACAGCGCUGCUGCAAUAUUUGAACUCUUUGUGCAAUGUAUGCCUGACUAUCCCAUUGACAAACCUGAUGAUGAUGGUAACACAGUUCUUCUCCUAGCAUAUAUGAAUGGCAAUGGUGCUUUGUGUAGAGCAGUUGUAAAGCAAGGGGCAUGUAUGGCAACCAUAAACAGACAGGGUUACUCCAUAUUUAACUUUCCAGUGGCCACAAAACAACUCUUAGUGAAACUUUUAGAUAUGUUAUCCAAGGAGCCUCCAUGGAGUGAUGGAGACACAUGUAACAACUGUCAUGUCAAGUUUGGAAUCAAAACUAGAAAGCACCACUGUCGUCACUGUGGUAGAUUACUGUGCUCCAAAUGUUCUGACAAAGACAUGCCAAUUAUAAAGUUCAACCUGCCUAAACCAGUUCGUGUCUGUGACGUUUGUUUCGAUGUUUUGACUCUCGGGAGUUGAGUGACGUGUUACUUAAGAGACUACAUUUUUGUGACGCAUGAUGUCACACACAAACUUUGAAAUCAUGGACAAAGUUUUCAUUGUGAUGAAAACAACGAUUUUUUCCAUUUGCAGGGGUUUGAGAUAUAACCAUGAUUAAGCAAAAAAAUCCAAAAUUUGAAUGUUUGUUAUUGCUGAUUUGGGUGUAAAAGUAUAUCCAAAAUAGGUUUCUAUAUUUCUGGUGAUAUACUAUUACACAUAAAUCUACAAUCUCCAUGGUUACACGAUAUGUUAUUGAAAUCUCUAUAUUUUAAGAUGAUUUUGCUGAUUUUAUUACGUAUUAAUAAUUAUUACCAUAAGUUUCUAAAUUUCUGGUGAUAUACUAUUACACAUAACUUAAUCAUCACCAUGGUUACACAAAAUGUAAUUCAAUAAUAUAAAAUGUAAUAUAAAAGGUAGUAGUAUUUAUUUUAAUGUACAGUGAAACCUGUGUGAGUUCUGUUUCUUAUGAGUAAAGGGUAUUAAUAUGUUUUAUAUGAUGGGUAUCGAUGCUGUACUGUACUGUAUUGUACUGUACUCACAUUGUACUGAAAUGUACUCAGUGUACUGAACUGUAU